AUGGCAGGAGUCAAGCGAAGGCUUGAUGCUGCCCAUGGCUCAGCCACUCCAUCUACCAAUAACACGUCCGCUGCUCAUAAUACACUCAGAGAACCUGCUAGCAACGACUCUUCCAACACUCGUGUGACUCGAAAUUUACGUUCGAGCCGAGAUGCGCGUGCUAGUCAAAACGAGAAUGCUAAGAAUGCCAACGCUACUGCUAGCGCUGGCACUGGCAAUCAAAAUAGCGGCGCCACUCAUAAUACUGCCAACAAGCGCAGUAACAAUCGGCCAUCGCGCAUCAUCACGCUCAAGUAUGCGCCUGCUAAAGUCAAUAUCUUUAGCGAUGUAGGCCGCGCAACGCCUGCGUCCGCGUCCACUAGCACUCGUGAAACGCGGAAUAGUCGAGCACGGGCUGCCGCUUCUGCGACUUCCGCGCUUCCUGCGCUUCCUGCGCUUCCUGCGGCUCAGGUCAACUCAUCUCACUUUGAUGGUGCACCCUCCAUCUCUGGGGUUCCCGAGACACCGCGAGCUAAGCGCGUCAAACGGGGCUCAGUUGCCGAAGAGACGCCUCGAACCACAAGGCAGUCUGCAAGACUCAAAGGCCAUGGGGAUUCCCUCACCGAAAAUGGAGUCACCGAAACCCCCGUGGCGUCUAAACUAGAAGCAAGCCCUUUGAACAUCGCCUCGAACACGAGAACGAGGAAUCGAAACCGACAUGCCGUAGAUGCUGUGGCCAACGAUAGCCGCACAUCGGCACCUGUCGUCAGAUCGCCACCGCCCGAUGAUGGAACUCCAGAAUCCAUAGAGGCGCCCAAGUCGGGAGAUAUAGAAUCGUCCCACGUAACAGACCCCAGCUCGAUAGGCGAUGAAUCACCUAAGGGUACCGUGUCUUCCGACAGAAAGGACGAAUACACAAUUCCCGAUGUCGAAACUGAGCCAAAGCCGACAUCAACCAGGUCUAGCCCCCUCCUAUCGCGAAAACGCAAAUCUCCAGAAACAGAUGACCGUGAUGUUAUCAUGUCUACCACCAGCUCGCCAAGCAAGAAGCCAAAGGGAGAGGAUGCUGCACUAGACCGCGCAUCUGAACCAGCGCUUCAAAAUGGUAUCGAGCACAAAUUGGACGAGACAUCGUUUGCAACCAAUAGCGCUGCAAACUCGAGAGCAGACGAAGGCUCUCGACAGAUCACGGAAGAGGCCGAGGAUUCCACAACGCCAGACAAUGCUACAGAGUCAACGGUUGUCAAAGCAACACGUGGCGGACGUAGCCGAGGCCGAGGCCGGGGGGCGCGGAGCAGAACUUCUGCGCGGUUUGGCAUGACGAGACGAGGGCGUGGUGGUACCCGUGCUGUUCGCUCCGGGCGCACUGGCCGUCACAUUGACCGAUCGAGCGAUAUAGAGUUUGAACGCUCGCCUUCUCCAAGUGCCGCGACCCAAAAGCUGAGAGACCGCCAGCGCGAACUGGACAAAGCCUUUAGAAGAGUAGCGGCAGCUCAGCGACUAGCUUUGGCUGUACUCGCGACGCAGUCUGAGAAACGGCUUGCUCGUGACAAGAACGCGCACAAGGCUGUUCCUGAGCACGAGGAAAUCAGUUUAGUUCUGAAGGCCCAAUUGCACGAAAAGCAAGAUAUCCUACGACGAGAGUACGAGCUUAAAGUCGCACAGGAGCACAGAAUCUUUCAAGCCAACAAAGAGGCUAUCGAGGAUCGAUAUCGGGCAGCGGUUCGUUACAUUCAAGAUGAGCAUCUCUUUGCAAGUCACGGAGACUACAUGACAUUCAUCGAAGGGCGCCGUGCGGCUGAAGAUGACGAGCAUACCGAGACGGAUGGGUCGGAAACAGAAAACGAACGAGGACGCAGGCGCCCUGUACGCCGAGAAAUCAUCAGGGGGUUUGUCUCUUCCUGUGUUCGUGAUCCUGCCGGCGCGGCCGCGUAUGAACGCGCUGCUUUUGGCUGGGAUGACUUUGUGCAGAGAGCCAAACUGGGUGAUGAUAUUGAUCCGCAGAUGAAGGAGAUGCGAGAAGUCGGUCCAUUUGCUGGGCUCUCCGGGGACGAGAUCAUCAAGAUGUUGUUGGAAGCUACAGGAAUCGUUGAAGUACGAGAGGGCGUUCCUGUAAAGGAGUAUCAUCCUCCACCGCUUGUCGAGGCACGUCCCACGGCGCUGACAGCCCUGGCUGAUAUCGCGGCUGAGCAACAGCCACGGCCUCUCCACUCACAGCCUACGCCGCGGCUCUCGGCGCAUCGUGCUAUUCUCCCCCAACCCCCUCAGCCACCACCAAUACACCACGCACACCCAGAAACCCGACCGUUUGUGCUACCACCACCAACUCCUCGGGGCCAGCCCCGACGGCUCCUCCCUGCAGGACAGCAGAUUCCGCCGAUCAACGAGUCGCUUGGCCUUCCUGACCCGUUCUCGCCCCGCGGCGGGCCUCCGCAACUACCCCCUCCGCCAGGCUCCAACUUCCGGCCGCCGCCUCUACCACCACCCUAUAUGCCCGGCCACCAUCAUCCAAGUCUAUAUUAUCAGCAGACUCCGCAUCGACCUCCAUAUUAA